GUUCCACGUGGGAUUUCCCUAAUUUCACGCGUACCUCACGUGCGGAAAUUCCUUCCCCGCGUCUACGUGUCACCAUCUUUAUACUUCCCCUUCACCUGACCAUUCCGACAACUUGGAACAAAUCCGAGCACACCAGUGCCUCCACAGAAAGCCAAUCGCCUCGCGACACGUCAUACACCGUAUAUUUACAAGAAGGAAGCACCUGACGUGGCGAUACCUCAUUGGUCAGAUUUAUUUAUUCCCGCCCUUUCCGAAAUUGUAUUAGAGGAUACUGGUCAAUUUCUUCGUAAUAUCCCCUUUCCAUUAAUAAAAACUGUUUCUUUCUCCUUCCAUAUUCCUCACCGCCCCCCCUCAUAAAAAUAUUCCAACCUAACAAAAUUAAAUACUUUCCAUAAUUCUAAUUCGAUUCGGAUUUAAAAUAAGACCGACGAUGGUGGUGAAGGUGAGGAAAUGGACGCCGUGGCCUCCGUCAUCCGCCGCCGCGACGCGGAAGUUUCAGGUGGCGGUGAAGCCUUUAAAGCUUGAGGUGUUGUUCGAAGACGGCGGCGAUGAAAUGACUGAGAAAUUUGUGGCGAUCAAGAUAAAAUGGAAAGGCGAGCCUAAAUUCUUUCCGAUGGUGAUGACGCCAUUUCAGACGAGGCCAAAAAGGGAAGUUUCCAGAAAUAAAAUUAUGGAGAAAGGUCGCCCGGGAAUUACUCAGUUUGACUAUGACCAGUCGUUCGAGAACACGUGUUGUUUUUCGGUGGUUUCUAAUAAUCACGAUCCAAAAUUUGGAGCCUGGGAAAUCGCCUUCAAUGUUCUAUAUGGGGGGGAGAAGACAGAUUCAAAGACGGAAUCAAAGGGGAAAAUGGGGGUGAUUGGGAGGGUUAAUUCGGUAAAUAUAUCAGAAAUAGCUUGGAAAAUGGACAAUUCUUCUUCUUCAGUAGAACAGAAGCUUCCUCUGAGUUUGCAUAUUGAUGGAUUUGCCAGAGAAGCUGCCCUCACGGUGCUAUUUAACUUUGUUGAAAUCAGAGAAUCGCAAGAAUCAGCGACUAUGGCUCGAACGAAAUCUGUCGACGUAAAACGUUUUUCAGGCAGUCAGUCUCAUAAAGAAAACAUGAAGGCAAGAAGAAGAUCACUGAGUCAAGAGGAAGUGAGUCUAGAUGAACCGGAUGAGUCGAGUGUAUUCGAGGCGAAAAAUGCAGGUCAAACAAUGACCAAGUCAAAAGAAGGAUGGUUUUCAUGGAAGAAUAGGCGUUUCAGUUUUAAGCGAGCCAAGACUAAAUUGGAUGUUGAUCCUCAAUCAACACUCGACGACCGUAUUUCAGAGACAGAUAAUAACACAGCAGGUGCAUGGGAAGAGAAGGAGCUAAUUAGUAGAGAUGGACAAGUAAUGCUUAAAGCUUCAGUUUUCUUUGCUUCAUUUGACCAAAGAAGUGACAAGGCCGCCGGAGAAAGUGCUUGCACGGCAUUAGUGGCGGUGAUAGCCCACUGGCUUCACUCAAACAGUGCCGCCAUGCCCAACCGAUUCGAAUUCAACGACCUCAUAAAGCAAGGUUCCUCCGAAUGGAGAAAACUAUGUGAAGAUGCUUCCUAUGUGAACAAAUUUCCCGACAAGCAUUUCGAUCUCGAGACUGUCUUAAGAGCUGAUAUUCGACCCCUAUUAAUCUCCCACAAUAAGUCUUUUGUUGGAUUGUUUGGUGCUGAAAUAUUCGAAUCUUUGAAGGAAGCCAUGUCUUUUGAUGACAUAUGGGAUCAAAUUAGCAGCAACAAUAUUAAUGAUGAUGAGUCUGCAGCACCGAGAAUCUAUGUAGUGAGUUGGAAUGACCAUUUCUUUGUGUUGAAAGCCGAAACGGAUGCUUAUUACAUCAUCGACACUUUGGGCGAGAGGCUGUUCGAGGGCUGCCAACAAGCAUACAUAUUGAGGUUUGAUGACAAAACCCUAAUGCAGAAACAUGUAGCAGAUAAAGAUAAAGAUAAAAAUAAAGAAAAGGGAAAAGAAAAAGCAAAAGAACCGGAUGAUGAAAAUAGUGAAGAGGGAAAAAAGGAAGAGCAAGAGCAAAAGGAAGAGAUAAUAUGCAGUGGCAAAGAAUGCUGUAGAGAAUUUAUAAAGAGAUUUUUAGCAGCCAUACCAUUGAAGGAACUCGAGGAGGAAGAGAAGAAGAAGGGGGCCGUUUCUCACUUCUCACUCCAUCAACGGCUGCAGAUAGAGUUCAACUACAGCUACUCGUCUUCCCCUCUUUCGUCCUUAACUUCAUCUCCAUUUUCGCCUCUAAUAACAACCACUUCCCAAUCCUCUCCUAUUUCUGAAUGAGAAUAUACAUGUAUAUAUAUGUGUGAUCUACGAUUGUAGAUUAUUGUAACAUGCAUGUACAUUAUUAUUAUAUCGUAUAUAUGAGAAAUGCCCGGCUCGUUUGAUUCUUUCUUAACGGU